AUGCCUUCUUGUUGGAAGUGCAGGAAGAAGGAACUAAAGUGCCCAGGCUAUCGACCAUCCACCAACUUCAACUGGACUAAGCCUCUUACUCCCAAGACGUCGUUGAACCGUUCAAAGGGCCAGCAACCCAUGACAGAGACCGACUGUGGCCAGUCAAAUGGAACAACACCCGAAUCAGUUACGCUCGAAUUUGGAACAGUCUCCAGUGCGAUCCCCUGGUCCGGGUCCCCUUACCUUUUGGCGUCGCCAGGCGCAGUGCCCGUAUUCAAAUCGCAACAUGCUCGCUACUUGUUGGACUACUAUUGCAAUUCUGUGUCGAUGAAACUCCCUUGGGUUGACCUCGAAGACAAUCCAUGGAGGACGACGGUUGUUUCGGCCGCUCUCAAUUCCGACUUUCUCCUCAACACGAUCCUUUCCAUGGCAACAGAAGACGUCGCGUGGGCGACAUCAGAACAGAUUUUAGCUGCGGAGCUCAAGCAGCAAGCGGAGAGGUAUCGGACGCGGGCUUUGGGGCUGCUUUCGCAACAGCUGGCAUUGGACAUUGCAAGUCAGAACGUCCGGACACUCCAUUCCGAAAAAACAGUCCAGGUCCUGGCUACGGUCCUCUUACUCUGCAACUGGGAUAUGAGAAAGCCGGACUCGAGUAUCUGGAGACUGCACCUCAAAGCUGCUCAUACACUGAUUCAAUCAUGUUCCUUCACAGAGACUGACCCCGCAGCCGGAAUGGCCAGUUUCCUCGUGACGAAAUGUGCUUCGCUCAGCGUAUUUGGUUGCAUGUCGAACUUUCGGGGUGGUUCCGACCACCCGCUGGACUACGUCUCGAGCUCGGAUGGGUCCGAGUUCCUUCCAUUCCUGCGCAUACUGCAGAAAAUCACACUGCAAAAUAGACGACAGAAGAAGACCGUGGCAGCCUUGCAAUUUGCCGACCCGGAAUAUUCUCGGGAAGGUUGUGUCGCGUUGACAAAGGACUUGCUCCAGGCGCGGCAAGAGACUUCCCGCUGGGUGUCGGGGAAGGCCAAUAUCUCUGCCUCAAUGCGACAUGAUCUCGAGCAGGUGGGUCACAUGUAUUAUCUCGCCGGGCUCAUCUAUGGCCAUCAAGCGUUACAAUUCAGCUGUUGUUCUCGAGAAUGCGAGGUUUGGGGUUCCCAGAUUACGGAUGGCUGUGACGCGUUCCACCAGCUCCCUCUCUUCUCGCAGGACAUUCUCUGGCCUCUCUUCAUUGCAGGUACCACAUUUGGCAACCGCGCCGAGUUGCAAGCGAUACUGGCUACCAAGAUCCAAGGUGUUACGACUCACUCCGGCCAUCGGAAUGCACUGCCCGCUCCAGGUCUCUUGAAACAAUUCUGGACCUGGCAGACUGGAAGACGAGACAGCUGGAUCGAUUUCGCGGCCGAGUGGACACAGAAAUGUGGCGACUUUGUCAUCAUCUAG